AUGAAAUACUUUACGAGCCUACUUGGCGCCAGUGCCGCACUCUGGGCUGCCGUCUCUGCUCAGAGCAUUGCUCAGAUCAAUGGCAACAAGUUCCUUUCUCCGUACCAGGGUCAAGCUGUAACCAAUGUCAGUGGACUUGUCACUGCGAAGAACAACCAAGGCUUCUGGUUGAGAUCGACCGCGCCUGAUGAGGACUCCCGAACUUCAGAGUCCAUUUUCGUCUUCAGCUCUUCCGCUGCCAGGACGGCCGUGGUUGGAAACAUCGUGGUCUUGAACGCACGAGUCACUGAGUACAGAUCAUCUUCCGCUUACCUCUUCCUCACCGAGCUUUCCAGUCCCACCAACAUCACGGUCCUCUCCACUGGAAACGAAGUGGUUCCUCGGGUCUUGGGCCAGAGAGGCCUCAACCCUCCUACUCAGCAGUACAGUUCUCUUGACGGCGGCGAUGUCUUCGCCGUCCCAAACAACCAAAGCCGGAUCUCCGUCACGAACCCAACGCUUCAGCCAACUCAAUAUGGACUCGACUUCUGGGAGAGCAUCAUGGGCGAGCUCGUCACAGUGCGCAAUCCUCGAGCCCUUUCCAAGCCCAACCAGUUCGGCGAUACUUGGGUCGCGGGAACCUGGAGAACCACCGGCAACAACAAUCGUGGUGGCCUCACCAUCACUGAUCGAGAUGCCAACCCUGAAGCUAUCAUUAUUGGAACCCCUCUCGAUGGUUCCGACAAUCCAACAGACACAAAGCUGGGCGAAUCACUUGAAGAAAUCACGGGUGUGAUGUACUACGCCUUUGGAUUUUACAGGAUCUUGCCGAAGACCAACAUCAAGGUCACUGGAUCGAGGCAACCGGCUCUCCCACCAGCGACUAGGCUCAGGUCUUCUGGACAGUGUGAUGGCAUCACGGUCGGUCAGUACAACGUCGAGAACCUGUACUCUGGUUCUACGAAUCUUGCACAAAUUGGAGAUCACAUCGCCAACUACCUUCGCUCGCCCGACAUCUUGUUCGUGCAAGAGAUCCAGGACGACAACGGCCCAACGAACGACGCCAUAGUCGACGCAAACGUGACGCUCUCAGCACUCCGAGACGCCAUCAACGCCGCAUCUUCUCGAACAAACUAUUCGUACGUCGACAUCGACCCCGUAGACGACCAAGACGGCGGCCAACCUGGAGGCAACAUCCGCGUCGCAUACCUCUACAACCCAGACGUCGUACGCCUACGAAACCCAAAUCCCGGCUCAAGCACUCAAGCAACUGAAGUCGUCAACUCUCGCAAUGGUCCUCGUCUAACAUACAACCCCGGUCGCAUCGAGCCCUCCAACCCAGCCUGGACCGCCUCCCGCAAACCCCUCGCCGCCCACUGGGAAACCGUCGAAUCCCGCGGCCGGGGCUGGGACCGCCAAUCCAGCACCUUCUUCACCGUAAACGUGCACUGGACCUCCAAAGGCGGCUCCUCCUCGCUGCACGGCGACCCCCGUCCCCCCGUCAACGGCGGCGUCGACCAACGCAACCAACAAGCCAACGUAACCGGGGCCUUCAUCUCCAGCAUCCUGCGCGCCGACCGCAACGCCGCAAUCCUGAGCGCGGGCGACUACAACGAGUUUCAGAACGUGCAGCCGAUCGAGACGUUUGAGCGGGUGUCCGGCUUGGAGAAUCUGGACGAGGUGGUGGGGACGCCGGAGACGGAGCAGUAUACGUAUUUGUUUGAUAUGAAUAGUCAGGAGCUGGAUCAUUUGUUUGUUUCGCCGGCGCUGGCGAGUCGGCGAAGGGCGCAGUUUGAGCAUGUGCAUGUGAAUACUUGGGUGAGCUAUGAUGAUGCCGCGAGUGAUCAUGAUCCGAGUGUGGCGAGGGUGGAUGUUUGUGGGGGGAGGUGGUAG